AAAAUUAUUCUAAACAUGAAGAUCGAUCUAUUAAAUUAGUAAUUGAUUUUGAAUUGAAAACUCAUCGUAAUACAGAAAAUCAUGUUGGAAGGUCAUAUUAAUCAGCGAAAUGUAUUGUCAGGUUUGAUUCUUCGUGAAGAUACGUCUUUUAUUCUGCGGUGCCAAGUAAAAUUGUGAACCUCUUCACCCAAGUCAACGGUUGAACAUCUUUUCUAACUGAACCAAGAAACAGCAAGAGCCACUUAUAACCCUAUUGAUAAUGGUAGGCAACAUAAAUAGGAUUUAAGAUAGCCUUUUCCAGCAGUCCUUUAUUGCAAAAUGAUUCAUUGGUCAUAUAUGGCUAAUGUUGAAGCAUAGUCACAAACCAUCAAAAUUUUGAAGAUUUUAUAGUUCUUCCUCAAAAGAAAACAAAAAAGCUAUCACAUUGAACUAUAUUUGAUAUGUCCCUCUAAUUCACCGGUGACAAAUGAUUUUAGUUAUUUUCCUCAAAAAUACUUACUAAAAAUAUAGUUUUGGUUAGCAUAUGCAACACACAUAAAUAAUCAAUUUCCUUCUCUUCGAUCAAAUAAUAAACAACCGGUGUUUAAAGGCCCAUAAUAUUAAUCUCAAAAGCACAAUAAUAUAAUAUGUCAGCAAAUCUUCACCUUGUGGCGAUGGUUCUCCUCUUCUGUAUGGUGAGCAAAAGCGUCGUAGCGAUCGCUCGCCCGGUGAUCUCAGGCGGGCGUGAUCCAUGCUCCGUGUCAGACUUCAAGGUCUUGUGCAGAUCAGUCGUAAAAGGUCAAAAGAAUGUUAACGCAGCGACGGAAGUUUCCAUAAGAGAGCUGAUGAAAAGAACGACAAAGGCUAAAGAAGUCGCUGCUAGUGGCCAGAAAAGUGGUGGAGGACUCAAGACUUGUUACUCAAACUAUGAUAGUGCGAUUGGUAAUCUACAAAAGGCGUUGAAAGACCUUAAAAAGAAUGAUGGAUUUAGCCUUAACAUCAAUCUUAGUGCAUCCUUAACGGAAUUUGAUACAUGCAACGACGCCAUGGGCGGUGCUAAGGCGUCGAAUGUCUUCGCUAGAUCUACAAAGACUUUGCAUGAAAUGGCUGAUAAUUGUUUAGCGCUCUCUACUCUUGUUAAACAAUAAUAAUAUAGCGAAAAUGUGAUUGUUGAUGAUGAAAGAGAGAAAAAAAAACUGAUUUGUUUCUGUAUGCCACAAUGUCAAGAAUUCUUUUUUUUGUGGUUAAGAAAAACAGAAAAGUGAGCAAUAUAAGAGGUAAGCUUGAAAUACAGAGUCACGGUUUCACCCAAAUUUCCUCUACUCCUGAGUUUGCUCUUUUUCAUUUGCUUCCAUUUUUCUCUUGCAUGAGGUGUCUGGUGUAUAGCUUGUAGGCAGUUGUAGGUCAUGGAUCUUUGUGUCCGCGUGUUUGAAUGGAGUUCUUCCUUGGCUUUUGUUCCAGUCGGAGUUCAGGGCUCCUCCCUGUAGUUUUGCAGUCUCUAUUUAUAGAUUAAAAUUUUCUUUAAUUUUGAUAUUUUUUAAAAAUCUUUUAUUGUAUAAUAAAUGUUUUUGAAUUAUUAGGUAAGAAUAAAAAACAAAAGAAAUCUGCACAACCAAUAAAAAUUUGUUUGCCCAAUCUUGAAGUAACACAAUUUUUUUUUUUUUAAAUUGAAACUUUAUAACGGUGGUUGAAUCCAGGUAGAUAAACACAAUAUUUCAACACUCUUAUUGGCAGUGCCGGUCCAACAUUCUCAUUUUUUUCUUGAUGCCCUAAGCUCAUUUCAAAUUUUAUGCCUUUGUUAUUCAUGUA